UUCCGUGGUUGGGUCCAACCCAAUGCACCACUUGACCAACGUACGAUUACGAAGCUGCCUGUUUCAAAAUCAAACCCCGCAAGGCCAGCUUACGUCGAUCCCUCUUCCUCUCCCUCUCCAAAAAUAUAAAUACACACCAGAAAUUCCUAAUAUCGAAGAGUGAUUCUCCGAUUUAGGGAUCUAAUCGUCGAGGAAUUCUCGGCGAGAUCUCGACUUCGGAUACUGUGAUAGAUCCGUCUAAUGGCUCCAGUUUCGGCACUGGCCAAGUACAAGCUGGUGUUCUUGGGUGAUCAGUCUGUUGGCAAAACUAGUAUCAUCACUCGCUUCAUGUACGACAAAUUCGACAACACCUAUCAGGCAACUAUUGGUAUCGAUUUUCUAUCAAAGAUAAUGUAUCUUGAAGAUCGAACUGUUAGAUUGCAGCUCUGGGACACUGCUGGACAGGAAAGGUUCAGAAGCCUCAUUCCAAGCUAUAUUAGGGAUUCCUCAGUGGCUGUUAUUGUUUAUGAUGUUGCAAGCAGGCAGUCAUUCCUGAACACUUCUAAGUGGAUUGAAGAGGUUCGCACUGAGCGGGGCAGUGAUGUCAUCAUUGUACUAGUUGGGAAUAAGACAGACCUGGUAGACAAAAGGCAAGUUUCAAUAGAGGAAGGAGAAGCCAAAGCUUGUGAUCUCAAUGUCAUGUUUAUUGAAACUAGUGCAAAAGCUGGCUUCAAUAUAAAGGCACUGUUUCGGAAGAUUGCAGCAGCCUUGCCAGGAAUGGAAACACUUUCUUCAACUAAGCAAGAGGACAUGGUAGAUGUCAAUCUGAAGUCUUCCAACACAAAUGCAUCAUCUCCGCCAGAGUCUGGAGGUUGUGCCUGUUGAUACACAAAAUUGAGAUCUAAGCUUACUCUGUUUGCAGCAUUUUACUUGGAUGCUUAUGUGAUCCUACACAUGUAAAGUUUGUGAUCCCCUUGUAGCAUUUGGUAUUUGACUGUUGUUUGAUUGUUUAAGAGGUAUAAGUUGCCGAGAGGAGACUAAAUAGUAGUUAGGCUUGUCUUUUACGUGUAUUUCUUGCGGAACUCUCGAGACGGGAAUUGUGUAAAAUCUUCUGUUUGUAUUCCGUUUAGUUUCAUUGUUGCAAA